ACGUCGGCAGGAUGUAAAUGCUGCGGCUCGCGGCCUGAUCGUUCUUUUUCCUCUGCCGUGCUGUAGAAGCGGUCGGCCUUCUCUCUUUCUCUGAACCUUUUAACAUCCCAACAGCAAAAAUGAUCAUCUACAAUGACAUAAUCACCGGUGAUGAGAUGUUCUCGGACAUCUACAAAAUCAAAGAAUCUGAAAACGGAAUCUUCUACGAAGUUGAAGGAAAGACCGUGUCGAGGAAAGAGGGGUUUGAUGACGCUUUGAUCGGAGCCAACGCCUCAGCUGAGGAGGUGACCGAAGGCACAGAGGAUUGCGUAAUCUCUGGUGUGGAUAUUGUUCUCAACCACCAUCUGCAGGAGACCAGCUUUGAUAAGAAGAGCUACAUGGCUUACAUCAAGGAUUACGUGAAGGCGAUCAAGGCCAAGCUGCAAGAGUCCAACCCUUCAAGAGUGGACCAGUUCAUGGCUGAUGUCCAACCAGAAGUUAAGAAGAUCCUGGGAAACAUUAAGAACUACCAGUUUUACACAGGAGAGUCCAUGAACCCAGAGGGCAUGAUUGGCCUGCUGGACUACCGUGAGGAUGGAGUGACACCAUUCAUGCUUUUCUUCAAGGAUGGCCUGGUGGCUGAGAAAUGCUAACUACCCGGAUGUAUAUCUGCUGUUCAAUUGACUGCUGAUCCCCCAAAACGCAGACUUGAAGGAGCGUUCUUUUUUUGCAUCGUGCCUGGAUGGACAUUUGGGCUGAAGCACCAGUUAUCUACGGGGAAUCUUCUGCCAUUCUCACCAAAUACAAUUUUUAACUUUUUUUUUUUUUCUUUCUGCAGUAUUCGGUUUUCUUUUCAGGACAGGGCUCAUGUUAAAAAGGACAGAAAGAGAAGCUUGUGAGACUGACUGCAAAGCAGUUGUUUUAGCAGCAAUCCAUACGGUUGAACAUCCACAGCCGUCAUCGUGCUUGGGUUUAUGGUUGUGUUAAACUAGUCCAUCUUCAAUGCAAAGACUUCAGGUUCAAUUUGAAAAUAAAGUACCUCUACUUUAAGUUUC